CAUUCAUUUUAGAUGCAGUGUACACUUAGUAUUGGUAGAGGGCGCUGUAACAAUGUCGGAGACAGCAGCGAGUGGUGACUCUUAUUCGUGUAAACCAUCUUUUGACUCGUAGAACGGCGGCGGAUUAAAGACGUCUCCGUCUCAGGAUGUCCACAGUUACCAAGGAAGUUGAGCUUACCAAGAAACACAAAGAAAUCUUAGAAAAGAGAGAAGUGCUCCUUGGGCAGAUGGAGAAACAAAUGGACCUGGAGAAGAGCAGGAGGAAGCAGCAGUUGAUGGAGUUCCAAGCAGCCCAGAGGAGGAACGCCCAACUGCUGAGGGAUCUGCAGAAGGCAGAGGAGAGCCUCAGAAAGGGACGGCUGCCUCGCCCAGAUAUCCAGGUGCUGGAGACAAGAUACUGGGCAUCGGUGGAAGAGCACAUCCCGGAAUGGGAGGACUUCCUCUUGGGUAGGGGUCCCCACCCUACAGAUGUCCCAGUCCAACCUCACAGAAAACCCAUGCAGAGAUCCAGCACUGCCCGAGACCAGAGCCUGCCUCCUCGUCCAAAGCCCAGGCUUGCUAAGUAGCUGACUGGCUGGUGGGCAAUGUACUGGUGUCUUCAUGAUGCAGCUCCUUGGUGUUGACUCGUACCUAGAUUGAAAGGAUCCCGCUUUUGUGGUCAUUUGCUGCAGAGGAUCAGAGCGUUGGUAGUUUCAGGUGUGUCAAGAGUAAGUGUUGGACUUCAGGUGCUUGAGAAUUGCCAGUUACAUUUGCCUGAUAGGUCUAAAUUGACCAACUUCGAUAGUGACGAAAACCCAAAAAUUCUCUUACACACACACACAC